AUGCAGCUGACCCCCUGCAGGCUCCGGACUCACCAGUGGUGCUUCAUCCUCUUUAAUGUCUUGCUUUUCCACAUGCUGCUUUUUGGAGCGGAUUUACUGGAGGAAUACUUCCUGCGGUCAUUACCGCUUUCUUACACCGAUGCAAAGGCUCUCGACAUCAGGGAGAGGGCCAGGAAGCUGGAUAUGGAUCCUCUGAAGGCCAAUCUCUCUUUCGCCGUCAGCAGCGCAGCAACGUGCUCCGAUAAAGAGAUCUUUUUACUCAUUCUUGUCUGCAGCAGCCCAGAAAACAGGACAAGGCGCGAGGUGAUCAGGCAGACAUGGGGCAACGCGACAGACGCCGGCGGUUCCGCCGUCCUUACCCGGUUUGCUUUAGGGAAGCCGGCGGCGGUGACCACCCAGCUGGAGAUCGAUGAAGAGUCUCAAAAGCACAGAGACAUCAUCCAAGGCAGUUUCAUCGAUUCUCCCGAGACGGAGACCCAGAAGGUGGUGAUGAGCGUGGAGUGGGCAGUGACUUUCUGUCCCCAGGCAAGGUAUAUUCUCAAAGCAGACGAAGACGUGUUUGUCGGUGUCCCCAGCCUGGCAGGGUACUUGCUGGGUUUAACACAGCUGGAGGACGUGUACAUGGGGAGGGUCGUCCAUCAAGCAGCUCCUGACAGAGACCCUGCAAGCCCUGGCUUUGUUCCCACCCAUCGAUACGCCGAGGAGUUUUACCCCGAUUACUGCGAAGGGAGCGCUUUUGUCGUGUCCCAGGACGUGGCCCGCAAGGUCUACGUGGCAUCAAAGGAGGUGCCACUUUCCGUGCCCCCCGAUGCCUUCGUUGGAAUCUGUGCUAAGAGAGCUGGCAUCACUCCCAUCCACAGCUCUCGGUUUUCCGGGGAAAAGCACAUCAGCUACAAUCGAUGCUGCUAUAAAUUCAUUUUCACCUCUUCCGACAUGAGAGAGGACGAGUUAUUUAAAGACUGGAAGGAAACAAGCACUGGCAAAGACUGCUCGUUACUGGAAACUUACUACGGGCUGGUGUCCUGCAGGGUUUUGACCUAUAUUGAUAAGUUCAAACACUUUAACUUCGAUAGAAUUAAAAACGAGGUUUUUCAUUUUGCUGAUUAA